UUAACAUUGUAUCUCUUCUUUUUUAAACUUUUAGUUGUACAUUCAAAUUCGAUAGUAUCGACGAUACGAGAUAUGAUUAACUUCGUCCAAUCAGGAGCAAGCUGAGAUUCAACGGACCAAUGAUAUAUGUGGAAGAUUAGUCGUAGAGUAUCGCUUAUGGCGGACACUCGAAAGCAAAUUGAACAUAAGUUUCUUAUCAUAGUGUGUCGAUAUUAAAGUCGUUUCAAAUUAUUUAAAAUCGAUUGUAUGUACGCAGUACAAUAUCAAACUCUGCAGUUAACAUUACAGCAAUACGACUCAUUACAGUUUAUGCAACGGCGUUUUUGAAUUAGUUUGAAAAUAAACGUUGAAGGCUAAUAAUGGUUGGGCGUCUCCGUGAAAGGCAGUAUCAGUUGGCAGCGGAAAAACGCAAUGAGGCGUAUCUGAGGCAUAAUUAUUACCAGCAGACAGCGAGAUAUUUCGAAAGAGAGAGCAGAAUAGCUAAGCAUUACGACUCUUGGAACGUGAAACUUGCCGAUCCUGAGGGUAAGCUUGAGAAAGAAGCUAUAAGGAAAACAAAAAUCGAUCGACUCCUAGAAAGGAGAAGCAAAUUGAGAAAACUUUUGAAGGAAGACGAAGAUAUCUAUCAAGGAGAAUUGAACGAAUUAAAUAGACAAAAAAUCAAAUCCAAAGUCGAUAAUUUGUCAUUGGAGGAUUUGAAAAAGAAAUUAAAAGAGAAACGCAUGGAACAGGAUCUUUAUUUGCCUGUUACAUGUCGAAGAUUGCGUUCAUAUUUUCUCGAUCCUAAACCAAUUUCAAGUAUUAUUUCGAAACUUAAUCAUAAUCAAAGCAUUACUAGUAACAAUAGUAAUAAUAAUAGUAACAAUAAUGUCAUAUCAAAUGAUUGUACGGAACGUGUAUAUUUAAAGGAUACGACUAAUUUACCUAAAACUAGCCAAGAAAUAAAUCGUAGCAAUUCUAUUUGUGUCAAGGGUAUGUCCGAUUGGAACCAUCAGAAGGAUCGAUGCGAUAAUAAAAUUGAAUUUAGAGCACGCAAUCAAAAGUAUUCGGCACGCUAUGCACGUAGGAGUUUGGAAAAUACAAAUGUCAGACCUGGCCAUGAUUUUUCCGACUGUUUCUCGCAUCGUUUACAGGAACCAAUGAUGACGACGAGAACGACUACGAUGACGACGGCGACGACGACGAACAGCAGCAGCAGCAGCGACGUGGUGGACGAUGACAAUCUUAAGAGCGAUGUCGUUGACGAUAUUUCGAUUUUGAAACAACCAAUGGCCGAUGUGGAUGAUCGACAGGAGCCUCCGAUCCUUCCUGAGGUUCCUUCCGAUAAGGAUUUAAACUUAAACAGGACCGAUCAAGAGAAAACAGCUGGUAAUCUCGAACGCGACAACAAAGGCAAAAUAGAUCAUCACAGUUUUGAAAGAGAAAUGAAUUAUCCUUGGAGUAGAAUGGACCCUCGCGAUAAAAAUCUGUCAGAAAAGAUGUAUCUCUUUUUGUCUUACAAAGAUCUCAAAUCCCAAAUUAAUGAUCUUUUGAAGAGAGAAAAUCAUGCUUGCGAGAGACAAAGAUGGGACGAUGCUAUUAGAUUAAGGGCUAUGAAAAAUGAAUUAGAGUUAAUUAGGGAGAAGCAAAUUUUUAAUAUGAAGAGUCUUGUCAUGGACGAAGACGUUCGGGAUAAGGCCCUGAAGAAUAUCGAGAAGAGGGAAUCCAAUCUUGCUCUUCGGGAAAACGCAUCCACCGAUACAUCUAUGUAUAGCGACGGUGCAAAGGUACUUUGGGAGAAAUGGGUCAAAGAGGAUAACAAAUUUAUCAUUAAGGAUGCCUCAGCUCAAAGAGAAAUUUUGAUAAAAGAACUGGAAGAGGAAUUUGAAAAUUUAGCUGUGAAGGACAAGGAACGAAUCGUUAAGACUUAUCGAAAUGUCUAUAACGAUUCACAUUUGAAAACUCGACGUCAUUUUAAUACAAAUACGACUGAAUAAAGGUCUAAUUCGUCCGAUGUGAAACUGUAGAUGAUAUUGGUUGAAAAUCUUUGCUUUGAUAUACAUUAGAUUAGGCAUUUGUUGUGUCUUUUUGUUGUCGAUAUUAGUUAAUAGAAAAUAUAAUCUAACUAAUCGCAAAUUAAUCUAACCAAGAAAGUUUAUAGUCCGGAUCCGAACGACGUUUCUGUAACUAAUUGUCUUUUAAUAUUUUCUUGUUCACUUUUACACACGUUUUUAAAUUAUUAUUAUUAUUAUUUCAUUGGUAGUUUGAUGAUUGAUUAAAGUUAUUAGGAUUGUAAGUUUGUAAGUUUAAAUUGCGGAUCUGUAAAUUUGAUAUGAGCUAGUUAGGUUUCGAUAAAUAUCUUUGCGUUUGAAUCAAUUUUAUAUUUUUAUAAUUAAGUAUACAACACAAUAUCUGAAAACGUUCGUAUAUAGUAAAUAAAUAAAUAAUUCGAAAAA